GGAGACCUCCGGGGCACAGCUGGGCGGGUACCCCCACGAGGCCCAGUCCCCUCCGGAGCGAGAGCUCCUGGCCCUUUCCGCUCCCCUCUCCCGGGUUCCCUGCCUCUGGAACCGAGUCCCCCCUGCAGUCAGUUGCCUCCGCGAGCCCGUUCCCCGUCCGGGUGGCCUCCGCCUUGGCGUGGGGAACGGCUUGGGCACAGGCUCGUAUGGCGGCUGCUGUAGGAAUGAGACCUUGGAUUGUUACCUUCCAAAGCAGCGUGAUAGAUACUAGAAGCUUUUCGAUUGAUGGGCGCUGUCUUGUGUUUGAGCACAUAUCUCGUGGCACUCAGUGGAUUGCAGCAAGACAGAGUCACCACAAACAUGCGCCUGACUUCCAUGAUAAAUAUGGCAACAUUAUACUACUUGGUGGAGCCCUAUUUUGUGUCUCCAUUUGGGGAUAUGUGGCAACACAAACUGGAAUUGAAUGGAAUUUAUCACCUGUUGGCAGAGUUACCCCAAAAGAAUGGAGAGAGAAAUAGCCUUUGUUUAUUCGGGACUGAAAUGUGCAGUAAUCCUGAACUGGUCUGAAUUUUCAUUUAUGCCGUACAUGUAGUGGCAUCUGUUCACUGAUUAUUGCCAUCUGUGAUGUGGCAUUACUGGUGUAAUAAAUAUAUUUAAAAAUUC